UAUAGAUAGGCUUAAAUUUCUAGACUUAAACACAACAGCAAUAACUGUGAGCGUUCCUGUUCUUAAGUGUGCUGGUGGAGGAGAUCGUCAGAAUUACACUGUGGCAGGUGUAUCUGGUUAUCAAAUGUCUUUCUAUAAAUUUGAUGAACUCGUCAGUGAAACGUUUGGUUGUCCAAAUGGGAAGUACUGUUCCAUCUACAACGGUGACAAUUCAAACUACACAGUAUUUGUGAUUGACCAUAAUGGUAUCAUCAUAACUUCCAGCACAAAAACCACGGUAGGUCUAUUUCUGGGAAAUACUUUUGAACCAAUCGUGAUGGAAGACCUCUGGAACAGACGGGUAUACAACAAUUUUACCAUCACGGACUAUCAAGCUGAAUGCCAUCCAAAGAAUUCUAACGGCCCCAACUCUGCUGAAGCAUUAAUAAAUCCAAUGAAAAAAUUUUUGUUCACCAUAAUCUGGAUCUUUCAUGAAUUAAUUAUGUUUAUUACAGAAUGGAGCUUUGCCAACUGGAUAAGUAAAAGUAGCAGAGUUUCUGGAGAAGAGGAUUAUCAAAAUCCUACAGAUUAUUCAGAUUAUUCUGUAGAACCACCAAUGAUUGAUGAUAUAGAGAGAAAACCAUGUGAAAAAAGUGUUUCCCUCUUCUUAGCUGACUUCAAUGCCGUGCCUUCUGAUGGGAUUGCUGGAUCCUAUAGUUAUUCAAACUCAUGCAAAAUUCAGCGAGAGAUGGAUUCAACAGCACAACAAAUACCUGAAUAUUGUUAUAUAAACAAAGAUUUCCGAAUUACAUAUGCAACACAACAGAUACCAAACACUAAUUUGCUAUUGCUAGUGGUAAAACAAAUGAACUGUAUUUGUGAAGUCAACAACCCAAAUGAAUUGCUAAAACUGCAGCUGAGUAAAUUAACUUUAAAUGAAACAGACGAAUGCAAGAAAUUAAAACAGACAGGAGCCACCAAAGGAGACUACUCAUACCAGUGUUUUAGCAGCUAUGAGGAAGAAGGAAGUGUAAAUACCCAGACAACAGUUGGACACAGUGCAGUAUUACUAUCUAUGCUACCACUCUUUUCAUCCUACUGGUCGCUGUAUUUAUAGCAGAGAAUAAUUUAAAUUCAUUCAUGCAUGUAAAUUGGCUGACAGAUGUACAGACAUACAUGCACACAUAAAACACUAACAUACACAAGUGUUUAGUGUGCAUGUGCUCAUAUUCAAAUGUAUGUAUGUGUGUGUGUGUAUAUAUAUUUGCAUACGCAUACGAAGGAGAUAUCUAUCUUAUGUGCAUAGGUAUAUAUAGAUGUGCAUGUAUACAUAUAUACACUCACACAACAAUACAUGUAUGGAUGUAUAGAAAUAGACAGCAUCAUCCCAGGGUGGUCAUUUUCCAAGGCCAGCAGGUGAUGGAAAUGCCUUUAAACCUUCCCUCAACCAUGUUUAUGUAUAAACAAAAGAGGACUAAAAUGUAAACCAAAAACUUGGAUAUUAACCAAUAUUUUUCUAUUUUCUGCUUCUUAUCAAUGACCAGUGUUGAUAAGGUGAUCUACACACGGUUACUGGUCAGUGUGCUGAGUCCUUCUAUAGUCCUGCCCCUUAUAAAAUCAUGCCACACCACAUCAACUGCUCAAAUAGGUUUGGC